UCAAAAUGUUGGAGUCUGAGAAAGAUUUGGUGGCCAAGAUGCUGAGAGCUGUUCUUCAGUCAAAUAAAAAUGGUGUGCCUCUAACACGACUGGCUGGGGAAUAUAAAUCCCUCACAGGAGAGAUAAUUCCUUUCAAGGAGAUGGGUUUCUAUACACUGGAGACAUAUCUUAAAUCCAUUCCUGGUGUUGUGAAAAUAGACAUCAACCGUGUUGGUGAGGCUACCUGUUAUGCGGUGGUUUGUAAGGAAACCGCCCAUGUUGCUGAACUUGUUGCUCGUCAGAGAAGCUCAAAGAAAAAGUCUGGAGGCCAAGUCAACUGUCAGAUGAGAAUCAAAUAUUCUGCUCCUAUCACACAUAUUGGAAAGCCAAAGGCAACCCUCAGAAAACCUGGUUUCUCAUCACCACAAGAAAAAAAUCUCAGAAAACCAGCACCUUUAACUUUGAGGGGUAAAGGAACUGUAUAUAGUGGCCGACCUAUUUAUGAUACCCAUCCUCCACUGCUUGCAGCACCAGCAUAUGGAGCUGGACUUAUCAGAGAUAUACCAAUGCAGAAGCCACCACCUUUGAUGAACAGGUCUGACCGAAAAGUAAUUCUCCCACCAAGGUUCCAGAAGGAGGGUCCUUAUUUGCUUCCAACUCCUACCAUGGAUGCAAAUGCCAAUGAGACUCAUGGAGGCAAACCUGCAAUAGGCAAUUUACAUCCCAACCUUACUUUAAUUCAGAACAAUUUGAGAGAGCUCUUUAGCAAAUACAGCAAUGGAAUCUGGAUUUCCAAGUUGCCUCAGGUGUACAAGGAGAACUUCAAACAAGAAAUAGGAGAUGAAGUGUUGAAGCUGAUUCCCAGUUGGUCUCACCUUUGCACGGCUCAGAAGAUUGUAAACAGUGGUCAAACUGAGAUGAUUCUUUUUCCUUCUACGAGAAAGCAGCAAACUACCUCAAAGUCUCCCCCUCAACGAAACAGCGAUCAGGUGAAGCUAAAUGCCUCUUCUAGUCUUGCAAAACCCACAACUCCCACUAAACUAACCGUAGGCGCAAUAUCUGACGUUGAACUUAAGCCGAAAAUUUCUGAAAUUUUGAAUAAUUACAGUAAUGGCCUUUGGUCACACGCACUCCCCAAAGUCUUUGAGGACACCUUCAAAAAGAAGUUUCCUAAUGAAGUUCUCCAAAACUUGGAAUCCCUCUCUGAUAUAUGCACAGUGGACAUAAUUUGUGAAAAUCCUUACAAAGCAAUUCUGUAUGCAAAGACCACAUCGCAAGACCACCAAAAUAUGAAUGUUUCUGGUAGCUCGUCCAUCCCUCAAGCGGUCUCAAACGUGCAACAAGACGGGGCGGAAAAACAAUCAGCCACUGAAGACUUAAUAGAAGAAUGUGAUCUUGACCUUACCCCGCCAAAAUUAGUUAUUCCUUCUGAAGCCUCGCCCUCUGUGCUAGUUGUGGAACUAAACAGUACAAAUGAAGUAGUAAUUCGAUAUGUUGGUCAAGACUACUCUGCUGCACAAGAGCGCAUGGAAGAUGACAUGAAGGAGUUUUACAGUAAAACUUUGUCACCUGGUAAAGUUGGAUCCUUAAAAGUAGGGCAGCUCGUGGCUGUAAAAGCAGAGGAAGAAGCAUGGCUUCGGGCUCAGAUAUAUUCAGUUGAUGAUAACAAAGUAAAGGUAUGUUAUGUGGAUUAUGGGUUUAGUGAAGUCAUUGAGCACAGCAAAGUGCGAAGGCUGGAUAGAUCUUUUUACACGCUUCCAUUCCAAGCAUCGAAGUGCAAGCUAGCAGGUCUGGAGGCAUUCUGUGACGAACCUGUACUAGUAAAGGCAGUGGAGACCAAAGCUUGUGGGAAGAUACUUGCUGUAGAGAUUCUGCAAAAAACAGAAAAGCCUCUUGUGGUUCUUUAUGACACAUCAGGAGACGACGAUGUCAACAUUAAUGCAACUUGUCUAAGAGAAUGGUGUGAUAAAUCUCUGAAUGUACAGUUGAGGGCAAAUGCAACUUACACAAAUGUGAUUGUGACUAAUGUUUGUUCUGAUGGGACCCUGUUUUGUCAAGUACCUUCAAAGGGACUGGGCAAACUCUGCGAGACGUUACAGAAGAUAAACGCUGAAUUCAACUCUAAACACGUCACAUCAGACUUGUUCGUAUCGCUCCCAUUUUGUGGAAAAAUCUGCCUAUUUCACUGCAAGGGGAAAUGGGCACGUGUGGAGAUAACCAGUGUCCACAGCAGUCGUGCUCUGGAUGUUAAAUUUCUAGAUUCUGGAACAAUUGCUUCUGUGAAAGUUUCUGAACUGAGAGAAAUUCCACCGCAAUUUCUGCGUGAUAUCUUUUCAAUCUCACCUCAGGCACUUAGAUGCUGUUUAGCUGAUCUUCCACUCAACAUUGGUACUUGGACCCCAGAUGCUGUGCUUUGGUUGAGAAAUACAGUGUUGAACUGCUCUGAAUGUAGCAUUAAGGUCGAAAAAAUAGAUGAAACAAGUGGCAUGGUGCAUGUUUUUCUAUUUGCCUCAAAGAACUGUCUAGAUCCUGAAAAAAGCAUAAACCGCUUAAUCACAAAUGAAGAGUUGUGGAAGAAUCAAAAAGACGUGUUUAUCAACAUAAACCCUGGUUUAGGCAGUUCAUUAAAAGGCAGAGGUGAUGCAGGUUCACAUCCUCAAGGACUUACACAGACAGGAUCUCGCAAAGAACAAAGUACUACAACAAAAAGGCCUCUUGAAGAUGAAAGGUCUGUGUCUCCCUCCUUGGAUUUGCCUCCACCCUUACAGCUACCCAAGCCCGGUGAACACAUGGACGUGUUUGUGUCGGUGGCUUGUCAUCCUGGUCACUUUGUUUUCCAGCCCUGGCAGGAACUGCACAAGUUGGAAGUUGUUAUGGAGGAGAUGCUCCUACAUUAUAGCACGACAGAGGAGAAGCCGGUGGUUGUGGAGAAAAACAAACUGUAUGCAGCAAAGGUUGAUAACAAGUGGUACAGAGUAGUCUUGAAAGGAAUUCUUACAAAUGGUCUUGUAUCUGUGUAUGAGCUUGAUUAUGGGAGGCAUGAACUGAUCAGUUGCAGAAAAGUACAACCCUUGAUUGAAAAGUUCAGACAACUGCCAUUCCAGGCUGUAACCAGUCAGCUUGCAGGUGUGAAAUGUGAACAGUGGUCAGAGGAAGCUUCAAUUGUUUUCCGAAACCAUGUGGAACAAAAGCCUCUCGUGGCACUUGUACAGUCAGUUAUUGAAAGCACUAAUUCAUGGGAUCGUAAAGUAGUGGCAUAUAUUGUGGAUACCUCUAUGCCAGACACUGAUAUAUGGGUUCAUAAUCUUAUGUCUGAAUACCUUGUUCAGCUAUCUUAGUCUGAAUAGUGUAUAAUGCUGCAGCUAGUCUUGACUCUAAUCUAAAGCAAUAACUGAAAAUACAUAGCGAGAUUUUUUAAAUAAGUUAACUUGUUAUGCACCGUUCUGAAGUGAUGAACGUAAUGAGGUUUGAAAAAUUUGAAACUUGUUUUCUGUGAAAGAUAUAUUUAACAGAAUCAUUUUGUUUACACUGUUUAAAGGAGUUGAUUUUCUGAAUAUUUGCACAUUGUUAAAACGAACAUAGUUGUAAAAUGUUAUGAUAUGCUGAUUUACAUU